GGCGUUUGCCGAUUUGAUAAUUGAUACGGCGGUGCCUUGCGCGCCACUCUUGCAAAGACUAAAAAAGCCGAGAGAGAGAGAGAGAGAGAGAGUUGAGAAUCCAUCAUUCGUAGGCGCAGAGACAGUAUGGGCGUGUUAGGGCGAUUGGUCAAAGCUUCUCGGACACUUAAAACAAUCACCUCUUCUAAAACCCUAAACCCUCCUCCGGUUCUGCUUUCUCGCAACACUCCUAAUCCUCGCCUUCUAGAUCUCCGAUCCGUUCGGCAGCAGAAUCAUUACAAUGCAUCUGAAAUUCAGUGGCCUACGUCUGUACGAAACAGUCGUGGACUGUAUUUUAUACUUCCAGCUUUGUUAGCUAGUUUAUCAGGAGUUGAAGGACUCCAAACAGCUUAUGCAGAUGCUGAGGAGCCUACUGGAAGACCUUCUCCAUCAGAAUCUCCUGCAAGUUUUGUGGACUUGGAGGAAGUGGCGAAGAAGGAGCGGAAGCGAAUUGAAGAGUUGCUUAAGGCUAAAGGAAUACGGCAUGGCUCUUAUCCCCGCUUUACCAUUGCCAUUAAGGGCCAAAAGGUCUCUGUCAAGUUCCAGAUCCCUUCUGCAUGUGAAGUUUCACAGCUGAUUGCAAACCUUGUUUCACAACUUGGGUUAAAAGUUGAACAACGUGGUGGAGGGUCGGAUAUGUUAGUGCGCGCUUGGGACAGUGCAAUAUCCUGGCAACUAACACUUACUCAGCCGGACAAACAAAAGGAAACUGGAGGGAAUGAAGGAGAGGGGGAUUUGUGCAUCGUCAUAUUCAGAUCACUUGUUACUGCAGAUAAAGCCGAGCUUGAAUUUAUAAAGCAAGGCAGCUUCAGCGCAAAAGAGCUUGAUGCUUUUGUCUCUGUUUUGCAAUUGGCAGGGGAAAAGUUAAACUUAAAAGGAUAUAAUACCUCAGAGAGAAAACAAAUGCCUUCUGCGGAUACAUCAGUUUCUAGUCUCGAGUCCAUGGGAGUGAGAGUUUAUGGCCUUGAUGAACCCCAUUUGAAUUCCUUUAACAAUGAAAUAUCAUGGGAAAAUAUUGCUGGGUAUCAUCAGCAAAAGAGAGAAAUAGAAGAUACCAUAUUAUUGGCUCUGCAGAAUCCUGAAAUAUAUGAUGAUAUUGCUCGAGGAACCCGAAGUAAGUUCGAGUCAAACAGACCUCGAGCUGUACUUUUUGAAGGCCCACCAGGUACGGGAAAGACAUCUUCUGCUCGUGUCAUUGCUAGCCAAGGGGGUAUCCCAAUGUUGUACGUUCCCCUUGAAGUUGUCAUGUCAAAGUACUAUGGAGAGAGUGAACGCUUGCUAGCAAAAGUGUUUUCACUUGCCAAUGACCUCCCUGAUGGUGCUAUCAUUUUCUUAGAUGAGGUGGAUUCUUUUGCUGUUGCUCGUGAUGGUGAAAUGCAUGAAGCUACACGCAGAGUAUUGUCCGUGUUAUUGAGACAGAUUGAUGGAUUCGAGCAGGACAAAAAAGUGGUUGUAAUAGCUGCUACAAAUAGAAAGCAAGACCUGGAUCCUGCUUUAAUUAGUCGGUUUGAUUCGAUGAUCACAUUCGGUUUACCGGAUCGGCCAACUCGUCAGGAAAUUGCGGCUCAGUAUGCAAAGCACUUGCCCGAAUCCGAAUUAGAUGAACUUGCUGCAGUUACAGAUGAAAUGUCCGGAAGGGAUAUUAGAGAUGUGUGUCAGCAAGCUGAGAGGUCUUGGGCAUCAAAGAUCAUUCGAGAACAAGCAUCCACAGAUGGGGAACACGGCCUUCUUCCGCCUCUGAAAGAAUACAUAGAAAGCGCAGUCAAUCGACGGAAGGGCUUGUCGAGCAUUUCCAACGCAAAAAUUAGGUCCGGCACAAAGAAAUCUCAAGUGGUUGUUGAUUAAAGACUGGUCCUGUU